ACUAAAUUAACAUCUUUAUCAUCGAUCAACAUUUAUCGAUUGACUUUAUUUCAUCACUGUUGCUAUAUAUAAGAUUUUCUCUUUUUUUUCAUUCUUUGAAAAUUUUCAAACAUUCGAUUCGAAUUGAUCAUUUGACAUUUUUGAUUUCAUCUAAAACGAAAACCAACCAGCGAAAAAAAUGACCACAACAGCUAUUCAACGUCGUGUUCUAGUUUACGGUGGUAAAGGUGCAUUAGGUUCGGUUUGUGUUGAUUAUUUUCGUAAACAAAAUUGGUGGGUAACUUCCAUCGAUUUACAUGAAAAUGACCAGGCCAAUUCGAAUAUUUUGAUCGAUGUAAAUUCCCUAUCAUUAGUUGAUCAAGAAACCAAUGUUAUUGAACAAUUAACCCAAACAUUAGGUACGGAUGAUAAAUUAGAUGCAAUAAUAUGUGUUGCUGGUGGUUGGGCUGGUGGUACAGCCAAAAAUAAAGAUUUUAUUAAAAAUUCCGAAUUAAUGAUACGACAAAGUUUAUGGAGUUCAUUGAUUGCAACAAAAUUGGCAUCGAAAUUUCUUAAAUCGGAUGGUUUGCUUACAUUGACUGGUGCUAAAGCUGCAUUAGAACCAACACCAGGUAUGAUUGGUUAUGGUAUGGCAAAAUCAGCUGUACAUCAUUUAGUUAAAAGUUUAUCACAAAAAGAUAAAAGUGGUUUACCAUCUGAUAGUUCAGUAUUGGCAAUAUUACCAAUAACAUUGGAUACACCAAUGAAUAGAAAAUUUAUGCCAAAUGCUAAUUUUCAAGAAUGGACACCAUUAACAUUUGUUGCUGAUUUGUUUGUAAAAUGGACAAACAUUCCACAAGAACGACCAAAAUCCGGUUCAUUAGUACAAUUAUUGACUGAAAAUGGUAUUACAACACUUAAAAUUGAUUGAUCAUCGAUGGAUUGAUUCGAUUAUCGAAAUUGUUUCAAAAUUUUUAUUGAGAAAAUUCUGCUAAUUUUUGCCA